UGCACCUCGUGAUCUGCAGUUGUUUACUCGUCAUCGGCAUCUGAAGUGGUUUGAUCAGAUGAUCGAAGGCAUUUAACCCGACAGCAGAAACAGCCGGCGGCAGUGCCCGCUAACAGACGCAGAGGAGCCGACAGUGACCCACCGGCUAUGCCACAUCGGGAGCCAUGGCGGGUUGGCACCGGUUAACAGCCCUCCCCGUCGGCUUGUUGUUGUUAUUGUUUUUGGAACCGAGCAGAGGAAGACCCGCAGAAAAAUGCCUCCAGAACAACUCAUGUCAGAGCCAGAGACCCCCUGUCGUCCUCAUCCCGGGGGAUCUGGGGAACCAGCUGGAGGCAAAGCUGGAUAAACCCAGCGUGGUCCACUACGUCUGCUACAAGAAGACAGAAGACUUCUUCACUCUGUGGCUCAACCUGGAGCUGCUGGUGCCCUACGCCAUCGACUGCUGGAUAGACAACAUCAGGCUGAUCUACAACAGUACCACACACACCUCCGACGCUCCACCAGGUGUGGAAGUUCGAGUCCCGGGGUUCGGAAAGACAUAUUCCUUGGAGUAUCUGGACCCCAGCAAGCGCAGUGUGGGCAUGUAUUUCUUCAGCAUUGUGCAGGCGAUGGUGGAGUGGGGCUACACCAGAGACGAUGACGUGAGAGGAGCGCCGUACGACUGGAGGAAAGCUCCGAAUGAAAAUGGAAAAUAUUUCAAGGAUCUGACGAAGAUGAUCGAGGAGAUGGCGGAGAAGGCGGGGCGCCCCGUGCUACUCAUCGCCCACAGCAUGGGGAACAUGUACACGCUGUACUUCCUGAACCAGCAGACGCAGGCCUGGAAAGACAAAUACAUCAAAGCUUUCAUCUGUCUAGGACCACCAUGGGCCGGCGUGGCCAAAACCUUCCGCGUGGUCACAUCCGGUGACAAUGACCACAUCUCGGUGAUCAGCCCACUGAAGAUUCGCUCACAGCAACGGACCGCCGUCUCCACCAGCUGGCUCCUCCCGUAUGCCCACACCUGGCCCAAAGAUCAGGUUUUUGUCCAAACCCCCACCAACAACUACACCGUGCAGGACUACGAGAAAUUCUACUCGGACAUCGGUUUUGCAGAAGGCUGGCUGAUGCGUAAGGACACCGAGCCGCUGGUGUCUGACCUGACCGCCCCCGGUGUUGCCGUCCACUGCCUGUACGGCAACGGCAUCCCCACGCCGGAGGCCUUCCGGUAUUCGGACAAGUUCCCAGACGUGGAGCCUGAGGUGAUGUACGGCAACGGGGACGGGACGGUCAACCUGCGGAGCGCCGUCCAGUGCAAGCGGUGGGUGGGGCAGCAGAAGCAGCCCGUCACGCUCAAAGAGUUGCCAGGCAACGAGCACGUAAACAUGCUGACUAACAUCACCACCGUGGAGUACAUCAAGUCUGUGCUUUUCUCCCCGUGAUGCUGCCAAAAGCCUGACGUUCAUGCCAACAAAUGUCCCAACUCAGUGUUCAGAUUUUACUUGAGAAAUCCUGAAAGCUUUUUUUUUUUAUAUAUAUAUAUAUAUAUGACUAAUGCGUGUAACCCUGAAAUCUAAGGAUGUCGAGAUGUUUUUGUGGUUAAGACUUAAUACUUUUCUAUCGGUCUUGGAUUUUCACAAAGUUUAGAUUUUAUUCAACAACUUGUUACAGGAUAAAAGAAUGUGUGUCAAAAA